AUGAUUCUUUCACGUACCAAAGCAGCAGAUGAUCCAAAGAAGAAAGGUGCUACACAAGCACAAGAUAAAAAUAAAAAAAAAUCAGUCGAAGUCGAAGAUUUUAUUGCUGAACGUGAUUAUACAGGUGCAAUUGCUUAUCUCGAAUUUUGUCGUCAAAGUGAAAAAGAAGUAAAAGAUCUUGAUCUUUGGUUAGCAUUUGCAGCAUUUCAUGCUGGUGAUUAUCAACGAGCAAGUGAUGAAUAUGAAAAUAUUCUCAAAAAAGAUCCACGAAAUGGUGAAGUAUGCAUUUAUCUCGCUUGCGCUUAUUUUAUGUUAGGCAAAUAUGAUGAUGCUGAACAUACAGCACUCAAAGGUCCAAAAUCUCCAUUACAAACUCGAGUUUUAUUUCAUGUUGCACAUAAACAAAAUAAUGAAGAAAAACUCAUGAAUUUACACCGACAAUUACAAGAUGUGAUUGAAGAUCAAAUGUGUCUUGCUAGUAUGCAUUAUAUGAGAAGUCAUUUUCAAGAAGCAUUAGAUAUUUACAAACGUUACCUGGUGGAAAAUCGUGAAUACUUAGCAUUAAAUGUUUAUGUAGCACUUUGUCAUUACAAGCUUGAUUUUUAUGAUAUAUCACAAGAAAUUCUUGAUGUCUACUGUAAAAAAAAUCCUGAAUCAGCAACAGCAACAAAUUUACAAGCUUGUAAUCAAUAUCGAUUAUAUAAUGCAAAAGCAGCUGAAAAUGAUCUCAAACAGUUUCUUGAUAAAAUGAGUACAUCAUUUAAUUAUGCCAAAGAGUUAUUCCGCCAUAAUAUGGUCGUUUUUCAAGGUGGUGAAGGUGCUCUCCAAAUCUUACCACCCUUAGUUGAUGUUAUUCCAGAAGCACGUCUAAAUCUAGUUAUUCAUUAUCUUAAAGAAGAUGAUUUGGAACAUGCAUAUGAAUUAAUGAAAGAUGUUGAACCAUUACAACCAGCUGAAUAUAUUUUAAAGGGUGUUGUUAAUGCUGCCUAUGGACAAGAACAUAAUUCAGUUGAUCAUAUUAAAACAGCUCAAUCUUAUUUUCAAUUAGUUGGCGGUUCAGCGAGUGAAUGCGAUACCAUACCUGGUCGACAAAGUAUGGCUGCAUGUUAUUUUCUUCAUAAACGUUUCGACGAUGUACUUGUCUAUUUAAGUUCAAUAAAAACUCAUCUUGAAUACGAUGAUUUAUUUAAUUUCAAUUAUGCACAAGCCAAAGCUCAUGAAGAAAAAUGGAAAGAAGCUGAAGAAGCAUUUCUACUUAUUCAAAGUGAAAAACUAAAAAAUGAUUAUGUUUAUUUAAGUCAUGAACCUCGUGAUACACUUCGUGAUAUUUUAUCUUUGUUACGAAAUACAAAUCAUCCUCAAGGAGAUCAAAUGAUAAAAAUUAUGCGAUCAUGGGCAAGAACAAAUAAUAUUCCUGUUUAA